GGAGAGGAAGUAAAGUGACAAUUUAGUUUGCCGACUGCUCUCGGACACAAUUUGUUUACAAGCGUCUGGCUGGAGAUUCCCCUUUGGAAUGCCAAUGUCUUGGUGAGGGUUCUGAGAGACUUGCUUAAUUGAUAGCAUGGCGCAAAGCUCCAUUCACUCCCCGGAAUGUGUUCUUAUCAGUUGCCUUUAUUUGUUAGAAGUUGUGAGCUAGCUAGUGCGCAGCUAACGACUGAGGGCAGGGUGAGAUUCAUCUGGUCGCUGUGUGUUUAAAAUACGCCCAAAGCUUCGGAUAAGAUCGCUCCACUGGGUCCAGAGACUCCAGCCAUGGAUCCAUUCGACAGUAAGAGUGCAGAGCGGGCCAACCUGCCGAGGAACAUGAUAGAGAACAGCAUGUUUGAAGAAGAGCCUGAUGUUGUGGAUCUGGCCAAAGACUCAACGUCCACAUUUCCGACAUUUCCUGCACUGGACCCAGAUGAGGCAUCGUAUGAGCCACGCAGCUCACGGUUGCUGGUGCGAGGCCUUGGCGAGAAUGAAAUGGAUGAGGAGGAGGAUGACUGCGAGUCAUCGGCCCGUCUUUUGGGCAUGUCUUUCAUGAACCGCAGUGCUGCACACAGAACCAACUCCUCACCUUACUCCAGACAACCUCCUCCCAGCUCCUGUUCCAGACCCUCAGCCCGCACCAUGGUUGUGUGCGUGUUGUUCUGGGUGAUUGUGGCCUCUAUGACCAUGGUACUGUACUUCCUGCCUGGAUGUACCUUCACUAAGGCGGGUUGCCGCAAACCAAACAGCACAGCUCCCGCAGAGACCGUCUACCCUUUGGCUUCUAAUGGAGAAUUGUUCCCGUGGGCUGAGUACAGACUUCCACGCAGCAUUCGCCCACUCGACUACGAACUCACCUUGAGCCCUGACUUUGAAUUCAUGACCUUCAGUGGUCGCACGGUUAUAAAUAUACUGGUCCUUCACAACACCAAGCGUGUCGUCCUGCACAGUGCUGAUCACAAUUUCACCAAAGCUACCUUUCAGGUGGAAGACGGGCGUCCAAGUGACGUUUCUAUACUUGUGUACAAGCCCAAACAGCAAAUUGCCAUCAAGAUCCCUGAAGAGCUGAAGACAGGACAGCGUUGUGUGUUGACUCUGGAAUAUGUUGCCCAUCUGUCAAAUGCAUACGAUGGGUUCUACAACAGCUCCUACACAGAUAAGGACGGAAUAAGAAGGGUUCUUGCUGCCACCCAGUUUGAGCCGCUGUAUGCAAGAAAAGCCUUCCCAUGUUUCGAUGAGCCUUCGUUCAAAGCCACAUUUUUUAUUAAACUCCAGAGAAAACCAAAUUACAUGGCUCUUUCCAACAUGCCUAAGGCUAAAACGACCAAACUCCCCAAUGGACUGGUGCAGGACGAGUUUGAGAAGUCGAGUGUCAACAUGAGCACCUACCUGGUGGCAUUUAUUGUCGGUAACUUCACUCCAGUGAGCACCAACGUCUCUGACACACUGGUGUCUGUGUACGCCGUCCCAGAGAAGAAGGAGCACACCGAGUACGCCCUGGAAACUGCUUCAAAAUUGUUGGCAUAUUACAAUGACUUCUUUCAAAUUAACUAUCCUCUCAAAAAGCUUGACUUGGUUGCUAUUCCUGACUUCCUGGCCGGGGCAAUGGAGAACUGGGGUCUGAUAACUUUCCGGGAGACCAGCCUGCUGGUGGGAAAGCAGUCGUCUCCUAUGGAGAAACAAGUGGUGGCCUCGGUGGUCGCACAUGAGCUGGCUCACCAGUGGUUCGGGAACUUGGUGACGAUGAGCUGGUGGAACGACCUGUGGCUCAAUGAAGGCUUCGCCACGUUCAUGCAGUACGCGUCUCUGCAGGCAGUUCUGCCACAGCUGGACAUCGGUAACUUGUUCCUGGCGGUGAGAUUCCGAGCUAUGGACAAAGACGCACUCAUCUCCUCUCAUGCUGUGUCGACGGAGGUUGAUUCACCUGAGCAAGUGGAAGAGAUGUUUGACUCCGUCUCCUAUGAGAAGGGGGCGUCUAUUCUCCUCAUGCUGAACGCGUCUCUGCCUGGAGAGCAACAAUUCCGAAAGGGUAUUAUUCAUUACCUGAACCAGUUCAGUGGGUUGAACACAGAGACGGAGGACUUGUGGAACUGCCUCACGCAGGUGGACGUUUCAGGGCAGCACCAGAAUGUGUCCGAGAUGAUGACAUCAUGGACGUCACAGAAAGGCUUCCCUCUAGUUACCGUCAGCCGAAAAGGUGAUCAGGUGACCUUCACUCAAGAGCACUUCCUCUUGAGCACGUCUGAGAACGACACACAAUCCACCAGUUAUUCUCACUUUCUCCUCAGCCUCUGGAAUAUUCCAGUGACGUACGUGAACGACAGCUGCAGUGUGGCCGCUCACUGCAGGCAGGUCUUCACUCUAAAGACCAAGUCAGGGUCUCUCAAGGUGCCUGAGAGUGUUAAAUGGCUGAAGUUGAACUACAGAAACUCUGGUUUUUAUAUCGUCGACUACGGAGUGGACGGUUGGGUUGCACUCAUGAAAGCUCUGUCCAGCGACAUCAACGUCCUCACACCAGAGGAUCGGGCCGCACUCAUUCACAACCUCUUCGCUCUCUCCAGGCUUGGCCGUGUGACUUUCCGUCACGUACUGCAGCUCCUCAAAUCCAUGGACAGUGAGAGCGAGAGCAGCCCUGUGACUGAGGCGCUGCUGCAGCUCAACAGAAUCUUCCAACUGCUCGACAAGCGUCAGGAGCAGAGACUCGUGGGCCGCAUGAAGGCGUAUAUCAUGCUGCGCUUUGGCAGCCUGAUGAACAGCCAGACUUGGGUGGCGGAGGAGAGCGUUUCCAAACAGGAGCUGCGCUCGGCUCUCCUGGAGACAGCCUGUCGCCUAGAGGACACCAAGUGCACACAGCAAGCCAAGGCUCUGUUUAAGCAGUACGUGGAGUCCAACGGAACCUUCAGGAUUCCUGGAGACCUACAGAGAGUGGUGUUCUCCGUGGCUGCUCAGUCCAGAGAGGACUGGGCCACUUUACUCACCCUGUAUUCUCACGCCACCUACGACACUGAGAAGAGACAGAUGCUGUUGGGCCUGGCCUCCACUCAGGACACGCGCAGCAUCGCCUGGAUCCUGAGGGCCGGCCUGAAGGGGGACCAGAUCCAGACCCAGGAGCUCCCCCUGGUCAUCAAUGUGGUGUGUAAAGGGUUUGCUGGAUACUUGUUUGCGUGGGAUUUCAUCCAGGAGAACUGGGAUCAGCUGCUGGCCAAGUUUCCUGUUGGGUCUUUUGCCAUCCAGAGUAUCGUCAAGUCCACCACGUCCCAAUUCUCCACGCAGUCGCAUCUCACCCAGGUGGAGAACUUCUUCUCCAACCUGAAGGAGCGCGGCUCUCAGAUGAGAAGCGUCCAGGAAGCUUUACAGACCAUCAAGCUCAACCAGCGCUGGAUGCAGAGGAACAUACCGUCACUCAUGAACUGGCUCUAGGAGAGAGAAGUCAUUCAGGUUUUCAUCAUGUCACCAAGACAACAGCAACGUUUGCACUACUUAAAGGACUGUGCUCCUGGUCCGAGUCCCACCACCUCCACCCUCCGGCUGGAUCGACAGGAAGACACUGACUCAGGUGGCGUCAUGGUUCCUCAGGUUGGUUCUGAUCGGGAUGCUGGGAGAAGGAUAUCAGACUGAAACUCUUCAUGCUGUUGACCCAACCUCAACUGACAAUCUUUGGCUAGCAGAGCUUAAAUGUCUUCAUCAGAGCUUGUUCACCAUUAGGCGUUUGUCCGGAACAGACUGUGUGUGUUGUCUUUAAUCAAACAGCGAUGGUACUCUAUUUAUGAAGCCUUGAAUUGCUUUGAAUACCAAACUCCUACUGAAUGUACUGACAAACCUUCCCACUGUGUACACUAGAUGGCGCCCUGUGCAGUAGGAAGAGUGGUUCAGAGCUGCUCCCGCUUCUGCACACUUUACCUCCGGACCGCUCCGCUAUUUUUACAUUUGAAUCUCUAUUUUAAUGUCUGCGCAUGUCCCUCUGCUGUUACUGGAGGUUUUUAUUACCAUCCCGAUAUUUGAAGAAGCUACUCCCUCUGUACAUAAGUGUAAAAAAGAUUUUGAUUCAAACUUUAUUCUGUGAUUCACAGCCAGGCUGAGCGUUGCUCACGUGUUUCCUCUGAGGAUGAGCGGUUACAUUGCUAUUUAUUUAAAAACUUGACAGAAGGGUUUUUCCUAAAAUGUGUUGUCGGUGUUGACAGACCACAGAUUUGUUACUUUUCCGUGUUCCGCUCGCAGCCCGUCUUGACGUUGAGCCUGACAUGACUGUGAGAGUGUGUUACUCUUCCAGCUGUUUAGAUAAUAACCAGCACGUUACAGAGUUGUAAGCUUUCACUCUUCAGGUUGUUCUGUCCACUCCAGUGAUGCCACCGGUUAAUUCAGUCAAUAAAGAAUGAAACGAGG